UCUGCGGUCCCCGGUCCGCCGCCAAGUUGACUCCGCCGCUGCUGCCUUCUUGUCAGUGGCGUGGUCUAUUGUCGCAAAUUUCCUUUCUUCGAUUGCACAUCAUUUUUCAAUUCCAUUAAAUCUGUCAGAAUGGGCAAGAAGGAGGAAGAGGAGAUAAUCAGAAUCGCGAAGAAGAUGGAUAAAAUGGCGCAGAAGAAGAACGGGGCUGGAGCUUUGGAUUUGUUGAAGGAGUUGCGUAAUGUUCCUAUGACACUGGAGCUUCUUCAGUCCACCAGAAUUGGUAUGUCGGUUAAUGCCAUCCGCAAGCAAAGCACAGACGAGGAGGUGACGUCUUUAGCAAAGUCGUUGAUCAAAUCAUGGAAAAAGCUUUUGGAUGAGCCUGGAGGUGGAGAUAAAGCUUCAGAAGAGAAGAGGAAAGACCAAUCAACGCCUGUUCUCUCUCCCUCACAAGGAAGUCCCGAGGCGAAAGAAGAGAGCAGUUCCAGCAGUAAUUCCAGCAGCAAGAGCGAAUCUUCUGAAGUCGCUCCCAACACAUUAAACAACGCUUUUCCUCGUGCUCCGAGCACAUUUGACUCUAUCAGGAUCAAGUGUAGAGAGAUGCUGACCAAUGCUCUACAGACUGGAGAUGAUUAUAUUGCUAUCGGAGCUGAUUGUGAGGAGCUCGGAGCACAGAUUGAGGAAAGUAUCUUCCAAGAGUUUAAGAACACAGACAUGAAAUACAAGAACCGUGUGCGGAGUCGGAUCUCGAAUCUAAAGGACGUAAAAAACCCUAAUUUAAGGAGGACGGUGCUAUGUGGGAGUGUAACUCCAGAGCGGAUGGCCAAGAUGACUGCAGAGGAAAUGGCCAGCGAUGAACUGAAGGAAAUGAGGAAGAAUUUGACCAAAGAAGCUGUCAGGGACCACCAGAUGGCCACCACUGGGGGCACCCAGACUGAUCUGUUCACCUGUGGCAAAUGCAAGGGGAAGAACUGCACGUACACACAGGUUCAAACUCGUAGUGCUGAUGAGCCGAUGACCACAUUUGUCUUCUGCCAACAGUGUGGGAAUAGGUGGAAGUUCUGCUGAACCCACGACACUCCCAAGUAGCAAAAUUCCUGGACCAGGUUCUGUCCUUCUGCAACAGAUUGGCUCUUUGUUUUCUGUGGUACAUCGUACUCAACAUCCCAAACAGAGACACCACUUCGGUUACUGUUUAAACAAAUAUCUUGUUAAUAGAUCGAGUUUGUUGUCACUAGCCCUAAUGGCCUCUUUUAAGCUCUUAUUCUGUUGUUAUUAGUUGUUUCUCACUGUCAGAUAU